UUUUAAAUUGCACAUAUUUCAAAAAAAUUUCUUUAUAUACAAAGAUUCUACCUAAUGGAUUAGUUUAUUUUAGGAAUAGCUAAUAAACGCGCUGAAAAUAAAGUCUCAAAAAUUAAGCACCAAUCAUCUUUAUAUUAAUUUGAGAAUGAGUAUGAGUAGUAAAAUGAAUUAAAUGAAAAUGAGUAGUAGAAAUCAAUAAAUAGAGCUUAAGCUAGUAGGUAAACCUUAGUUUAAAUCGAUGAUAUCAUGCUAUUUUUCUUGUAAACUGAUUUGUAACAACAAACUUAAAAAUUGGUUAAAACCAUGCUCUAAAGAAUGAAGAAAACAGAGGACAUUUAAGCAAAACUUUAAUAAAAUUUAAGUAAUAAAUAUCCAUUAUCUGCUUAAAUGAUGUCUAGCCUCUAUAAUUAUUUUAAAAUAAAUAAAACAACUAACAAAAAAAUGUUAAAAGAAUAUGAAUAAUGGAAUUAAUAAUUUCCUUGCUAGCUAGUAGUUAAAAACGAUGGUAACAGCUUCUAUCGAUCAUUGCUUCUUCAGUAUAUUCUACAUGUAGUUUUAUCGUAAGAUAAAUAAAAACUCGAAUAAGUUAUAAACUAAAUUAUGGAUAUUCCAACUCUUAAAUAUAAUUAGGAUGAUUUGUAAGCUUUAAAAGAAGAAGAUAUCAAAUACUGUGUUAUUUUAUUUUUAGUUACUAACUUCUAAAAAAUUUAAAAUAAAAAAAUGUUUUCUUUAAUAGAUUUUUAUUUAUCUUACAACUAAAAUCCUCUCAUUGACAUAUCAUCAGUUAUAAUAAUUAGAAACAUCCUUUACUAUUUCUAUAUUAAGAUUAAACAAUCUGGUAAUUACAGAGGCUGGAUAGAUACGUUUGAAUAGCAAAAAAAUCACAUUAAAUUGUUGAAAGAUGGAGCAGAGGCAGAGUAGCAAAUUAUGAUAUUAUCUUCUCGAGCUUUUGAGAUUAAGCUAUUUGCUUUAACUUUCUUCUCGUCAGAAAAUGGAAUGAUUUAGUCUGAAAUGAAUGAACUUUUCAUGCAGCAAGAAGAAUAUGAAACAUAAAUUUAUUUAAUUUAAUAAAACUAACAAUUCAACAUAUUAUUUGAUUUAGAAUUUAUGAGAAAUAAUGAAAUUUUCUUUUUGAAGUUUCUUGAUGUUUAAGAAGAUGAUUAAAUUAUAAUUUACUUUGAAAAAAACGGAUAGGUGGUGAAAUAAGUUAAUGAAUUGGUUGAUGACUAGAAAUAGUUAAAAAGCUAGAAACAUGUUUAAGAAACUAAUUUCUUUUAAAGGAUGUAGCUUUAAGAUCCUUAGUUUGCUUUAAGGGAGUCCUUGCUUUAAGAUUUUGGAUUUAAAAAAUAGAUUAAUGCUAUAUAGUAAUAAACAGGACUAUAGAGUUCUAUAGUCUUAGAUAAAUCUAGAAAUACUGAUUAAGAGUUACCUUUAUUCAACCCUUUAGCUAAAUAGGAGUCAUUUUUAAUGGACUUUAAAUAAUAUCUUGAAAAUUAAUAAAUUAGUAAUAUUGAAUAGAUAAAAAAGGAAGAUGAAAGCUAAUUUGACUUGUAAGAGGCAGAUUAAAUACAUACCUUAAUUGGGGAUAUUCACUCUAAUUAACAUUUGUAGAAAAAAUAACCUAAAAAAGUUAGAAUGUCUUUGGCUGAAAUUAGCGAAGGUACUCCAACUAAUAACCCUGACGAAUCUAUUUCUUCAACAAAAUCUAUCAUAAAAAAGCAAAAAAGAAAUUAAAUGUCAUAAGUCUAGAGUCAAGAAGUUAUAGAAACUCUAUAGUCUGACGAUGAAGAUGAUGAUGAUGAAAAAACCAGUUAAACAACAUUUAACAAAGAAUAGCUUGAAGCAGUUGUUUAUGAUGAUAGAUGCUUAGAUUGCGAUUAAUUCACAAAUAUAGAAGAAAGACGAGUUGUUACAAAAAUUCUUGAAAAGAUUAAAAUUUGCAAUAAAUGCGUUGUUAACAAAGCAAAUUUUUUGCAACAAAAUAAAUUAUCAAGUUUAAGUUUUUAUGGAGUUAAUCUUUAUCGCUUCUAGCUCUUUGAUUUAAUUAGGGAUCUUGAGCUUUUAGUUCAACAAAUUAUAGACUCUAAAAUUAGUGCUUCACUUUUUAAUAUUAAAGGUGAUGAAGAUGAUAGCUUGGAAAUAGUAAAGUCUCAAAAUUUAAUGUAAUAAAUGUAAUAAGCUAGUUUAAAAUAAAUUGCUGAAGAAUAAAAGAGUUUAAAAAUGAUUAAUACAGAAUUUUGUCAGUACUGUGAUCUGCCAAACAAAUAAACAAACUUAAAGACAGAUUUAGAUUCUUAUUUUUUAAAGAUAGACAAUUUUGACAAAACAUAGCAAUUAUUAAUAUGUAAAAAAUGCUUGAAUUUUCUUAACUAACUUUGCGAAAAUAGGCAAUACAUGAACCUAUUUUAAGUAAAAAAUACUUACAUCGACCCUAGAGAGGUAGAAUAUUAAUUUGAUAGAAUAAUACAAUUAUUAAAUAAGUCUGGCUAAUUAAUUUAGUGUUAAUUUUACUGUAAAAUUGAAUAAAAAACAGAUAAUUUUGCUUAUUCUUUGUUUGAUACCUAAGUUAAUCAACUCAUAUAAAGGAAAAUUUGUCUGCCUUGCUUUGAAAAAAUACUCAACUCUUCAAUGAAUGUUGAUGAUUUUAUAGAAAGUUCUUGCUAAGUUGAACUGUUUUCAACAAUUUUUAGAGAAGAUUUUCUAAAUAAUCUUUGCAUUUCUUGUAACACAAAGUAAAUUCCAGGGAAGAAUGAAUUUAUAAUUAAAAGUAACCAAGAAAUUCAAUAAAACAAUCCUUAAAAUCUUUACUUUAGAGUAACUGAAUAGUCUGAAAAAUUUGACUCUUACGUAUGUCUUACUUGUAUUAAAAAUAUUCUUAUAGACUAAUAUACUCAAUUAUCUUCAACACAGAACAUUAUAGAAGGAGAAAAAUCAUAAGUCUAGGAAGUAUCUAGGAUAUUCAAAAUUCUAUAUAAAAAGAUAGGAGUCAUUUUUUGUUUUUCAUAUAGUCCUAUAAUAAAUAGACAAAUAUUAAAAGCUUUACAAAACGAAGCAUCGAAAGAUCAGACUUGCUUUAAAUGUUAAACAAAAGAUUAAAAGCAGCCAAUUUAUUUCUUGGAUAAUCCAUGGAAUUUUUCAAUUUGCUAAAUGUGUUUUAUAAUAAUAUAGAAAAAAAAUAAAAAAUCUGAGAUUCUCAGCAAUUUAAAUGUUAGCGAAAGUUCGUAUUAAAUAUUAAAAGAGGGUACGCUAUAAAAUUCUCUUCAAUAAGGAUACUGUUUUUGUUGUAUUGAAUUUAAUAAUGCCAAGCUAUACAGCAUCUGGGUUAAAAAUUAUGGAAGAGUCUUAAAAAUUUGCUAAAAUUGUGUUUUACUCUCUAAGCCUUAUGUAGGGUAAGGUAUCUGGGAGGUCUUUUCAUCUUUUUUUGAUGAAAAAGUACUUUAUUAGUCCGUAGAUAUUCCUUAAGAAUUAUUACAUCAGUUAGAUAAUAAUUAAUAAGAAUUAUUAGCAAAUAACUAAUAACCUUUACAAGAUUAAAAUAAAAUAGAUACAAAAUGCUUCGCAUGUUAAGAAUAAAAAAAGAAGACUAUUAAAAUGUUUGAUUGUGAUUGCCAAGUUUGCAUAAAAUGUAUUAGUAAGGUAGUAAAAUAAGAUGAAAAAGAUUUCACAGUCUGUCCAGUGUCUCAUUGCAUUAAAAUUUAUAAAAAAUUAUAAUUAAUAGUUUACUUAGACUAAUAUAUAAAAUAGUAAGAAUAUAAAAUUUAACAAAAAAAACUAAAUUAGAAAUUAGCAAAGUAGAAUAAAACUAAAUAUUUGUGUAAUUCUUGUUAAAGGCCUCAUACUCCUAUUAUACUAACUAAAUAAAAAUACUGUUCUUGCGUAAUCCUAUGUAAAUAGUGCUUAAUAAGCAUUUAUAAAUCUAAAUAAUGCUACAAAUGUUUGGAGAGUAAUUGCAAUGUAUGCAAAUCAGAUAUAGAAAUUUUUGAAGAAAAUUAACUCUGUUGUUCUUGCUUAUAACAAUUGAAUACAUAAGACUAAAAUUCUAUUUAAGACUAAAAUAAAUUAAGCGAAUUAAAUAAACUCUAGAAAAAAAUUUUGAUAUGUGGAAAUUGUUUGUAUUAAUUGAAUCUAAAUUAUUGA